AUGCACUGCAGGGCCAUUCCACUUGCAUCCACCGAUACACCAUUGCCUCCUAUCGAUACUUUCCAUUUCACUAUUUUAGGACGUGAUGUUUUCGAUCUAUCCUUGGAAGACGAAUAUCUAUCACCAGCGAUGUUCGAUAGUGUUCCACUCUGCGCUGGGUUCGAUGAUUUCGUGUCGAACGAUUUCCGCCCACAAACCCACCAAUCCGCCCACAGGACUACAGUGAACGGGCUAGGAUUGGAUGAAUUGGACAACGCAAACUAUGGUGCAAUGAUCAAUCCCGACGAUUUUCUAAACGAUGUUUCGUGCGAUUCACUGUCCAAUCGCGAUACUCCAUCACCAUCCGAUAGUCAGAAAAGUUAUGAUUCGGUACCUUCGUCCGGUGGGUUUGACCGGUGCCACGUAGUGCCAAUGCAUUUGGACAGUCCACCCAUUUCACCGCCAUCAUCGGCCAUUUCGACAGAUGGUGCGAGCACGGUGAAUCCUAUCACGGUGCCACGCCGAUUGAAAAUCAUCCCCAAAAGUGUCAGUUCCUCAUCGUGCGGUACCAAAACGAUCACGAAGAAAACGAUCGUGCUAUCGGCGAAGGAUUAUCGCGCACUGUUGGCAAAUAUGCAACGGCAACCGUCGAGCAAUACGAUCAUUCUAAAAGCAACACCAACCAAUAAGCUCCCCAUUGGAGUUUCGGCUGUGAGACAACCCUUGCCAACUGCACCACACGUGGUAAAACAGGAAGCAGCACCUUUCGUUUUACCGAAGCCAGCGGAAAUCGUAAGGGAGGUAGAAUCAAGUCCGGAAACUACAUCACCGGCAGUUACUAGAGAAGAACCUACCGUCAAACGUUUGAGUCCACUUACCGUGCCUAUGAUGCUAGCCGCUGGUAGCAGUCUGUCGGAACAUACUAUAGAUGAGAAGCUGCUCAAAAAACAUCAACGGAUGAUUAAAAACCGUCAAUCAGCUUAUGAAUCGCGACAAAAGAAAAAAGAGUACGUUACUUCACUGGAAGAGAGGCUCGAUCAACUAGUCAAGGAGAAUCACCAGCUACGGGUGGAGAAUGCAAAUCUUUUGGAAAGGGUGAAAAUGCGUUGCACCUGCGCAGCUAACGCCCUGCUGGUGGGUCACUCAACCGUGAAGCAAGUGACACCUACCGCCCGCAAGAAUGCAGCAAUCGUGUUGGGCAUGUUGUUUAUGGUUUCCCUUAAUUUUUAUCCGAUUGGCAAUCUUCUCACCAACCCUGAUCGUGUACAGCUGAAUAAAAUGUCCGAUAAGCUGGAAUAUCAUUCCCGUGGCCUACUGUAUAUAAACGAAACGAGUAAUAGUAACGUGCGCAGUCGCAUGAAACCCUUACGCGUGAAUCUAACCGCGAUCGACGAACUGGUAAAAGAAGACUCACUUGAAACGACAUUACCCACUACCGAGUGCCCGUUCUACGUAAAUCAAACGGAAAACAUACGGUUGGCAAGCGAACUCCGCAAAUGGAUUGGUGAAAAUGGGUACAAAAAUCUUACAGACGGUAAGGGUCAAGCGGGUCAAGUAACUAUUGAUACGUUCGACAAAAUGUUCCGCCUGAAGGAUACGAUCGACUCCAUCUAUCAGCACAUGAAAGAUAUUAGCCUGCAGAUGAAAUCGUACGAGCGUCGGCAAAAGUUAGCUCUAAAUGGAAAGAAAUUGGCACGCAAUCGGCAACGUAAGACAGGCGCUGGACAGCGCGAAAUAGUUUCAUACCGCGGAAGGGUACCGAAUCAAGACGAUCUCGAUUUGUACUAUCCAAAGGUGCACGUAAAAUAUGCGGAAUUUUUCGAAGAAAUCGGCCGACGUGAUGAUACAUUUUAUUUGGUAUCAUUUAGCGAGGAACAUUUGCUGUUGCCUGCCCUGGCGUACAAUAAAACCAAUCGGCCCCGGAUGUCGCUGAUGCUGCCAACCGUGACUGCACCCGCUUCACCGGCGGGCAAUGGAACGAAUCGAUCGGACAAGAUAACACUCAUGCAGAUUGACUGCGAGGUGAUGAACACAUCCGUCAUACAGAUACGCGAAAAAACAAUACCCGGCGAUUUGCGACCGGCGCAGGGUGGAGAAACGCCAAAGGGUGGGGCGGGUAGUUAUGGGACUCGUAACGCAACUAAUUCCGAAUCUAAUAGACAUCGAGCUAGCGGCAGGAGCGCUAGUGGAAGUUCGGCGGGCAGUCGAUUAGUUCGGAGUAAUUCAUCUACAGCGGCACAGGGCGCGGACGUUGUAGAGGAGGAGAUUCACCAAAAGCCGGACGCUGUACAUCAUCAGCAUGUACCUAUCAGGCCAUUUUUUGUUGAACGUAUGAACGAACAUCUGAAGAGUGAGCAUCAUGUAAAUUGA